AUCAAACUCUAUUGCAUUGCAAGUUAAAAAAAAGUAAAAACUACUCAUACAUUCCUUCACCACCAAAAUUUUCCCCCAAAAAUUAUCCUCCCAAUUUUCAAAUCCUAGAGAGAUAAUCAGCUAAUUUAUCCGACGAUGAGGCCCCCGAAGAGGCCGAUCCAGUCCGUAACGGCGUGGGUGCGGCGGCAGCCGCCCAAGGUGAAGGCGUUCCUCGCUGUAAUCACCGGCAUGGCCGUGCUCAUUGUCCUCCGCGCCAUUGUCAACGAUCACGACAACCUUUUUGUCGCCGCGGAAGCUGUGCACUCGGUUGGAAUUUCCGUUCUUAUCUAUAAAUUGAUGAAGGAGAAGACUUGCGCUGGGAUUUCACUCAAAUCACAGGAGCUAACAGCAAUCUUUUUGGCUGUUAGAUUGUAUUGCAGCUUUGUCAUGGAAUAUGACAUACAUACUGUGCUCGACCUGGCUACGCUGGCUACUACCUUGUGGGUUAUUUAUAUGAUCAGAUUUAAAUUGAAGUCAAGUUAUAUGGAAGAUAAAGACAAUUUUUUGCUAUACUAUGUGCUGGCCCCUUGUGCUGUUUUAGCUUUAGUAAUUCACCCAACUACAUCACACCACCUCAUUAACAGGAUUUUCUGGGCCUUCUGUGUCUAUCUGGAAGCUGUUUCCGUGUUACCACAGCUACGUGUCAUGCAAAACACAAAGAUUGUUGAACCCUUUACUGCUCAUUAUGUUUUUGCAUUGGGUGUUGCGAGGUUCUUGAGCUGUGCUCACUGGGUCCUUCAGGUUUUGGACAGUCGAGGUCAUCUCCUCGUGGCACUGGGUUACGGCCUUUGGCCAUCAAUGGUUCUUAUUUCUGAAAUUGUUCAAACUUUCAUUCUUGCCGACUUUUGCUAUUACUAUAUCGAAAGCGUUUUCGGUGGUCAGCUCGUGUUACGCCUUCCUUCUGGAGUGGUCUAACCAGUUGCUACGCAAGCUUCUCCCGUUGUCUCUUAGUGUUGCUUAUGGGGGUUCUGGUUGGUUAACAGAAAUCAAGAGGUUGCAACAAACUGGAUAUCAAAAUUGACUUAACUCACCAGAUUCUUUUGUUACACCAUAAUUUUCUAUAGAGUCGAUCACGAUGCAAGCAUGUUUCGGUUCUUCGUCAACGGUGCCAUAUUUAGCUGAAAAAUGUAGAGUGACUGUGCGGAAGGAGAAAGAUUAAUGUCCAUAUUUAACAAUUAUCCUUGUAAGUUUAAUUUUACAUAAGUUUAGUUUAGUAGAUUUCUUGUUUUCUCUGUUUUAUUAGCUCUUGAUUGUUCUCAUUUGUGCAAAAUGGAUUAAAUUUAGACUCGAGCUAUUUAUGUGUCAUUGUUUGCUUUCAGUUGUAAGAGAUGGAUUCCUACAUGAAAAUUGGAGGCUUUUGCUUA